AUGUAUUUUUGGGGCCUCCCGACUGGGCAGUCCGUAGAUGAGUACCGUGACUAUUGCUGGAAUUUCUUCGGGCUGGAUGCAGGCAAAUUGCAGUAUGGUGGAGUUGCAGCCGACUCCGCCCUCAAGCAAGUAAAGCCGCCGCCGGAGCAGUCGGCGGAGCGCCUUGAGUGGCGCGAGUGCACAGAGUGCAAACGGCUGGCCCCGCCCAGAUCGUGGCACUGCAAGAUAUGCGGCGCUUGCAUACUGAAGCGGGAUCACCACUGCCUAUACACGGGCUGUUGCAUCGGCCACCAGAACCAUCGCUUCUUUAUGGGCUUCAUUUUCUAUUUGUUUGUGGGCUCUGUGUACGCCCUGGUCUACAACUCGAUCUACAUGUGGAUAAUCCAUAGCAGCAUAUACUGCAAUUGGCUGACAGUCCUCAAGCUGACCUGCCCCAUGUUGCUGCUGGUGACCGGCGGCUUCUGGACCAACAUCUACCUGCUCUUCUACAGCCUCAAUGUGCUGGCCUUGGCGUACGGCAUCCUCCUGUUGGGCUACCAUGUGCCGAUUGUGCUCCGUGGCGGAGUUUCCGCCGACCGCACGAAGCAGCGAAAGCUCAAAUACAAACGAGGAGUCAGGCAGAACCUAAGAAGUGUCUUUGGAGUGCGCAUGCACAUAGCCUGGCUAUCGCCACUCAUUCGCAGUGAUCUACCCGACGAUGGCUACCACUAG